AACAAACUACUUCCUUGCUUCAAGUUCUAACUUAAGAAAGAGCAAGAAGAAUGGCUAGUUUAAAGGUUGGAGAAAACAAAGAAAUCAAUACAGACCUAAUCCAAAAGGCUUGCUCUCUUGCAGUGAAAGCUCACAGCAAAUCUUCACAAAAGUCAUAUAUUCUUGAGAAGACUGGUGGUUCAUCAUAUGUGAUCUUUAGCUUUCCUGGAUAUUGGUCUGAAAAUGACUGGUAUGAUGGAGAACCUUUUGGAGAAACCAAGAUCAAUCUUGAUUUGUUUCCUUCUCUUAGAAGUAUAGGCAUUGAUGAACAUGCCAAGGUCAACAAAGCCUUUCUACAAAGAUUUGUUGACAAAAUCUCGAGGAACCGAGAUUUCAGAAAUGAGGUGGAAAAGGCUAAGUAUGAGAAGAAGCAAAUAGUGUUCACAGGACACUCCACUGGUGGUUCAGUUGCCACCCUCGCAACAAUUUGGUUUUUGGAAAAAUACUGGAGAUCAGAUGCCUUAGCAGCCUCACCUCUCUGUCUGACUUUUGGAUGUCCUCUAACCGGUAACCAUAUAUUUUCCCAUGCUCUUAGGCGUGAGAAAUGGGCUCCAUACUUCAUUCAUUUUGUCAUGAGAUAUGACAUUGUCCCACGGAUCUUGCUUGCUCCUAUCUCAUCAAUUAAACAAGAAUUUCAGCCAAUUCUCCAGUUUCUUAAUCCAAAAUCCACUCGUGCAUUUGCUAACACACCCCCAGAGGCUUCGAAUUUCUAUACGAAUGUAAUGAAGAAUGCAUCGUCUAUGGCAAGCCAUGCUGCUUGCAGCCUCAUGGGGAACACAAACCUGUUAUUGGAAACCAUGACAAACUUCACAGCAUUAAGCCCUUACAAGCCCUUUGGAACAUUUGUCUUCUGCACUGGGAAUAGAAAACUGGUUAUCUUGAGUAACCCAGAUGCUAUUUUGCAACUACUGUUUUACUCCUCUCUAUUGGACAAUGAAGCAGAAUGUCCAGAUGUUGCCCAAAGAAGUCUUCAACAACAUUUCGGCUCUGGGAAUGAAUUGAAAGACUGCUUCAAUAAGCUAGAUGCGGUUUUGUUGGAGUCAUUGGAAAAACUUCCAUUAUCUGCAGACUCUACAACUACAAGUAGUGAUAUUACAACAAUUAAUGCAGCCUUGAAGGACUUUGGCUUGAGCACAAGAGCCAGAUUGUGUCUUUGUGCUGCUGGAGAGUUAGAGAAGCGGAAGAUUGGAAAUAAGAACAGCAUCGAUCUCAAGAAGGCAGAUAUAGCAAUGAAAUACCUAGAAGACUACAAAUUGAGUUGUGGGCGUCAAGGCCUAGGUUAUUAUGAUGCCUUCAAGAUUCAAAAAUCCACCGAGGAUUUCGAGGCUAAUGUGAAGAGACUUGAGUUAGCAGGUAUAUGGGAUGAAAUUAUUGAAAUGUUAAAAAGGUAUGACCUCCCGGAUGCAUUUGAGGGUGAGAAGGAGUGGAUAGAUCUUGGAACAAAGUACCGCCGCCUUGUUGAGCCCUUAGAUAUUGCCAACUUCUAUAGACACUUGAAGUACGAUGUUAGCGGACCUUAUACGGAAAAGGGCAGGCCAACACGUUACAGGUGCACACAAAGAUGGCUUGAGCAUGCUCAGAGGAUGCCUGCUGGAUCUUGUGGAGAAUCAUGCUUUUGGGCCGAUGUAGAGGAGCUGCGCAUUAAAACUAGCAGCAAAGAAGGGUUUGCACCAUUCAAAGUUAAGGUAUUGCAACUAGAAGAACAAGCAAAGAAAUGGAUCAAUGACAAAGUGUUGGAUAGAGAUGUGUUGAUGGAGAAUUCCACCUUUGUGGCAUGGUGGAAAAAACAACCUGAACCGCACAAGUUAGCAUCUUGCAUUAAAGAUAUAGAAGGAUUCAAGAUUACGAGUGUCUAGCAUGUUGAUUUCUUAAUUGGCUACUAUCAACAGCCUGCAAUUGCUCAAGAGUUUGUGUGGUUGUUUGUAACAUAUUUCUUGUUUCAAUAAAAUUUAAUCAUUACCUAAAGAGAAAUUCUGUUUUGUGUAUAUGCUCAUCCUUGUAAUGACUUCAUGCACACAUUAAAUUGGGAAAAAACUUAUUCAACAGAACCACCAUCCAA